AUGAUGCAGAUGCAUUAUGCUCACGCACAAAAUCCUGGAAGGCGAAGCAGAUACAAUUUGUGGCAAGACGUCCUAGGUGUUUAAGGUCGUUUCCGGAUCGAGGGCCCUCUGUGUCGCUUUUGCAAACGAAAAAGAACUUGUCGAGAUGAAAAAACAAGCAAAACACAGCAGAUGUAUUUCAAGUUGAGAGCGUUGAUUCCAGGUUAGUACUCAGCGUCGUGCAGGUGCAGCAAUCUGACGCCCUCGAAUUGCGAAAAUCUUCGCAAUCCGCUUUCACCUCUACUCUCAGAUCACGACUAGGUAGCGCGGAUUAUUGUUCAUCUUAUUAAGUAAUUGUGCAUUCAUCUUUCUUGCUGUGGUCUAUUUUCUUGCCAGAAGUCCUAGUAGUGCUUGUUCGUACUUUGUUUUAGUACAACAUAGACGUUGUUUGCUUCUCUCGUUUAUACAGCAUAGUCUAUUUUCACUUUGUGGUCUAUGUAUUAGUUUGCUUCAUCUAACUCUAUCAAUACCAAUGAAUAGUCAAAGAAACAUCUGAAUUUCUGUGUCGUGGACUUGGUGAAUUCAUGAAAACGCUAAUGUGCUCACAAAGAAUGAAGCCGGCUUGUUCCGUCUGACGACGAGUGUAUGCACAGGGCGAACCACACAAAGCACUACCCUGACAAUUGCGAAUUGCAGUACAUAACGCGACCACGAACGUUUGAAAGAGGAGCUGAGUUUUGCGUUUUUCUAUACUCGCAUUAUUCCCCCUCCUCUUCUUGCAAUUUUUGGUAUCCCUUUGAAAUAAUUGUGUAGUUCCACAACGCGGGUCCGGGUUCGAAUGUGCAAGUAGAAAUUCCAGUCCUCCUGAAGGAGAAUGUCAUUACCGGAGGUUCGUGUGAAGCCGUCGCUGGAGUAUACGGCGGAAGUCGUCGUUCUCAUUACGACUUUGGGAACGAAGCGGACGGAAUUUAACGCGGGGCAGAGAGCACGAGAUUUGUUGUUAAGUCUAUACUAGUAGAUAAUGCAUCUUUUUUUAGUGCAUCCUUGAAAAGUAUGCCUGAUUAUUAUCGUGCUUUACUCUUCAAGGAUGUAGCUGAAAGAUGAACAACCACGGAGCGCGCUAAUGUUGGAGAUCAAACGUGCUCACCACAAGAUCAUCGACUUCAAUCGUGAUGCGCGAGCGCAAACAACAGCCGUGCAGGGCAAGGCAAUCGCUCAGCUCUCCAACGAAGGAAGUAAAUACCGUAGGCUGCACACAGACGAAGACGACGACUUGAUUCUACCACAAAUAUUUUAUGACAAUGACUUGUAGUUGUUACAAGAUCAACAUCAGGAUUUGGAUUGCAUUCGCACCACUAGCAGAUGAUAGGACGUGGCCAAACAUCGAUCACAAGAAUUUGUCGUUGUUUUUCUCACCUUUGGAGGACCGACGUGCGAAAAGUGCUUUUAUUUGCUUUUUUAUAUCUGGGACUGGAGUGUAAUUCUUAUCAAAAUCAGUACGAGGUCAUUAAUUUUAAUUUCAUGCAUGCAUCGUUCGAUCAUACUUUUACAUGAUCAACACCACCUUUCUCGUUCAUUUUUGCGUGGACGGCUUGUACAUCGGCGAUGCGGACGAGUUGCAAGGACUUGAAGAUGACGGACUGCUGGACGACCUUCUCAGGAGAAAAAAGUGUCCGAGCAGAAAAGGAAAGGGAGGCUACUGCGGUGAGGAGCGCAGUGAGAGCGACAAGUCGUGCACCAAGUGUGGUGAAAGUUUCAAAGAGCUUCUUUCGGGGUACUUUACAGUAGGUCAAAAGAUUCGCGAGUGCGAGGAAUACGAUCGAUUCCUCGUCUGAGUUGUUAGUAAUCUUCAUAAUGGUAAUUAGACAAGUGGUCAAUAUCCAUUGACAGCCUUAUCGAGGAGUGCAGAAAACCGGAAGGAUUGACUGUGCGGAUGUUAAUCAUCAUCGUGACAUUUAAGGAUGAGGAGGUCCGUCAGUAUUCUUUGUACUACGUUUGCGUUUCUAUGCAGUCAUGACUGUACAACACGCUGGUCAAGGUUCGCUUUCUCCAUCAUGACAAAGCACCAGGAGCUCAACCUGGUACUCGUUGAAGAUAAACGACCUCGGUGGAAUGCGGAGC